AUGUAUAAAGCAGAACAUUUAAGAAAGCUUCUAAACGAUGUUGAAGAGCUUAAACAACGAGUUGAGUCAUUGACGCUCGUGAUAGAAUAUGAUCUACCAUCGGCCAUGCCAAAAUGUACAUUUAAAUUUAAGUGUUGCUCGAAAAGCACGAUUGAUGAUGAUCAACAAGAUCAACAAAAAUAUGACACUAAGGAACGAUGUCCACCAUCAACCGAAAAUGAAGAUACUGAUACUGAUGAUAGUGAUAUGUCAUUUCCCGACGAAAAUUACUUUUCUAAUCGAGAUAAACAUGAGGCAACAUCCUUCGUUGUUAAUUGUAUGGCAACCGAUGGAAUAAACAUCAUGUAUUCUUCAAUUGCAGAUCCGCACCAAGAAUUGAUAGCAUAUUGUUACUUACAAACGUCUGAUGUUGGCUAUAGAAAGGCUGACCCUAGCCGAUUAUGGAAACAAUCACGUAUUAUUGAUAUGAUUUGGUGGGAUGCCAUUGAUAAGUUUGUCUGUGCGACAGAUAAAGGAAUUUAUCUAGUGGAGUUUACAAAUCCAUUGUUUCGUAUUUCGCAUGUCAAACAAACUCCAUUGCCGCAAGUGCGAAUUGCAGCGACUGCUCAUCAUAUACGGAUCCAUACACUCACACAAAUGAUGAUUUACGAUACAAGUUUUCAGCUAAUACGAUCAUUCAAUUUUAGUUUUUCACGUUCUUUAAGAAUGGCUAGUUUCUGUUUGACAGACAGCGUCGUCGCUUGUGCUUUGAUACGUCAUAUAGAAAACGCCAAAUAUGUAUUACAAGUUGAACUCUACAACCACAAUAUGGUAAGGGAAAAAAGAAUUCGUAUAGGAAUAAGUGAAGCAUCAUGUACGAUUCGAACGGAUGGUAGUGACAGAUUUUACGUGGCCUUUGGACAACAACGAUUUUGUAUUGUUUCGUCCAGUGGUAGUGUACAAACAGUUAAUCUAGGAAAACAAGCUAACAAUCUGGCUGUUGUGAAUAGUCACAACGUCGUUUUAACGAAAGUACGCUCUGAUGUAGAACUGGUGCGGUGCUAA